AUGAGUCUGACUCUGAGUCUGAGCUUUGACGUGUUGAUAAAGCUUUGCUCUGAGGGCAGAGAUGAUUCGAUUCAGUGUCCACUGUGUGAAACUGAUAUCUCUGCUUUGAGUGAGGAGGAGAGGCAAGUCCACACCAAUAACUGUCUUGAUACUCAAGCUCCUCAGCAAGGCUCAUUGAGAAAAUGCGAGAAGUCUUCUUCUUUGAUCGAAGAAUCUGUUGAUGAUCCUGUUCAGCUAGUUAAUGAUAUAUCUCCGGUGCUUAAAUGGGUUAGGAGUCUAGGUUUAGCUAAAUAUGAAGAUGUUUUUCUUCGUGAAGAGAUCGACUGGGAUACCCUUCAGUCACUCACUGAGGAGGAUCUCCUGAGCAUAGGUAUCACGUCGCUUGGCCCCAGAAAGAAGAUUGUGAAUGCACUUAGCACACUCAGAGAAGAAGCCUGUGCAGCAUCUUCAGCCGAAGCGCAGGCACAGUCUCUUUCUAAUAGUAGCCAUGUUACCGACAGACAGAGGGAGAGGUCAACCUACCGUAAAGCAAGUGAGCCUAAAAAACCAACCGCCAACAAGUUGAUUACAGAGUUUUUCCCUGGUGAUGCCACGAAGAUCCCGAAGAAGCUCCCUAAAGAACCUGUCGCAGAGCAGAGCUGUAGACGUGCUGCUGUGAGAAGAAACGGCAACAACGGAAAAUCUAAAGUCAUUCCACAGUGGAAUUGCGUUCCAGGAACACCUUUUCGAGUGGACGCAUUCAAGUACCUCACACGCGAUUGUUGCCAUUGGUUUCUUACACACUUUCAUCUUGACCAUUAUCAAGGCCUGACGAAGUCAUUUAGUCACGGGAAGAUAUACUGUUCCAUAAUCACCGCAAAGCUGGUAAAUAUGAAGAUUGGGAUCCCUUGGGAGAGACUGCAAGUCCUGAACCUUGGCCAGAAGGUUAGUAUUGCGGGUGUUGAUGUGACAUGCUUUGAUGCAAACCACUGCCCCGGAUCCAUCAUGAUACGCUUUGAACCAGCCAACGGUAAGGCUGUUCUACAUACGGGUGACUUCCGCUAUAGUGAAGAGAUGUUAAACUAUCUGACUGGUUCGCCUAUCAGCUCUCUUGUCCUUGAUACUACAUACUGUAACCCUCAGUAUGACUUUCCAAAGCAAGAGGCGGUAAUACAGUUUGUUGUCGAGUCUAUUCAAGCAGAAGCCUUUAAUCCAAAGACCCUUUUCUUAAUAGGAAGUUACACCAUUGGAAAGGAGAGGCUGUUCUUGGAGGUUGCACGUGUGCUACGUGAGAAGAUCUACAUCAAUCCUGCAAAGUUAAAACUCCUAGAGUGCUUGGGGUUCUCUAAGGAAGAUAUGCAGUGGUUUACAGUGAAAGAAGAGGAGAGCCACAUUCACGUUGUGCCCUUGUGGACGCUUGCCAGUUUCAAACGGCUGAAACAUAUAGCUAACCGAUACACAAACCGAUACAGCCUAAUUGUUGCAUUCUCUCCAACUGGGUGGACAUCGGGUAAGUCCAAGAAGAAGUCUCCAGGAAGAAGGUUACAACAGGGUACAAUAAUAAGGUACGAGGUUCCUUAUAGUGAGCAUAGCAGCUUCACAGAGCUGAAAGAGUUUGUGCAAAAAGUGUCGCCUGAAGUGAUCAUACCGAGUGUUAACAUCGAUGGACCUGAGUCUGCAUCUGCAAUGGUGUCUAUGUUGCUUACAGAGAGUGUAUGAGAAAGAUGGACGAAGGAAGUAGAGAUAUCAUCAUCAUGUUUUAAUAGGUGUAAUGUAGCAUUAUGUAACCCACCACGUGAGAUUCUAUGUAUUGUUUUCGUGAAAUGUUCUUUCUAAUAUUAAUUCUUCAAGUAAACAAACACAUUAUUA